CACACACAACAUCCAACAGUCGUAGUCUAGCAGCAAUUUAGCGUUAGUACAGAGGGAUAUAUUUCAGUAGGCUCUGAAUCUUUCAACAGUGUGAAAAAAGGACUACAAGUAAUUUGGAUACUUUUUCUUUAUGGAUUUGUACUUGACGCUCAUUCAUGCAGGAAAGAGGAGUUUGUAUGACCAUAUGAUGGAGCAUGACUGAACGCAUGCAGAAGUUACUAAAUCAACAUAACCAUGAUAAUCUGGUGUCUGUUAGGCAGUGUGGGGAUGAUGCAUGGAGUUUCAUUUACAUUUUUUCGACUGAACUUUUGAAUCAGUUUUAGAGCUGAUUGCUGAUUGGUAGUUAGUGAAAAGUAAAGACUUAUUUACUGUAUGAUGGACAUAUUUAAAAAACUUUAUCAUCUGCCAUAAAACGUCAUCAUUCCAUCUCGCCAUGGAAGCUGUAGGUGCAUGUCCACCAUUUGGAGCUCCAUCAGGAGAACCCAAUUUUAAGACCAGUAAAGACAGGGACACAUGGAGAGCCAUGGAGAAGCACGCUCCUCCAGAUGAGGAGAAAUGGAUGCUGGUGGAUGUUGUUCUCAUUGGAGGAGGUCCAUGGGGAUUUACUCUGAGAGGAGGUCUGGAAUACCAGGAACCGCUGAUUAUUACAAAGGUUGAGGAGGAAAGCCGAGCAGCAUUGGCCCAGCUCCAGGUCGGUGAUGAGAUUGUCAGUAUUAAUGCAAUUCCUCUGAGCGGCUACAGAAAGGAGGCUAUCUGCCUGGUUAAGAGCUCCUUCAGAACUCUGGCAUUGGGGUUAAAGCGGAAGAAUGAACCUUUAUGCAGACCUCACUCAUGGCAUUCUUCCAAAGCCUCUGAGAAUUCCUCAGAGGUUCAAGAUACUGGUGUGCACAUGUCAAAGUGUGAUGCAAGUUCAUCCUCAAAUGACUUUCACAGUUGUUGGAACCAGCCAAAUCUACAGCAUAAAUCAUGCCAGUCCAGCUCAUUAGGCAACAUGGAACUUCUAGAGUGCUCCUCCAACACACAUCACAUUGGGGCAGAAAAGCAUGGAACAACAAGAGGUGGUGAUAAACAUGACUCUGGAUAUAGAGCAUUUUCCUCUUGUACACCUGAGCAGCAUUUGGCAGAAAGAGUCUCUGCAUCAGAGUUUAUGUUUUAUCAGGGCAGCCAAAGUCAACAUGGCAGUUAUCUACAUAUUCCUGUGAAUAGUGAAAGCUGUAUUAGCCCCAAGGCUGAGGACCAGGCUUGCUCCAGAUUCUUUUCUUCAGAAAGUUUUAAUAUUAACCCUGUGUGGAAUGUUCCAGAGAAGUUUUCAGCAGCUUACUUACCACCCCCACCAGGUCCACCUUUACAAAUUGACAGUUUUACAGCAACUAAAGUUCAUGAAAAGGGUUUAGGCAUCCCAUACUCGCAUUUACCUCCUGUACAUUCCCAUCAGAAAUCCCUUAGUAAAGUUAUAUACAAGCAGGAUGAUGACAACCACUUUACUGAACAAGGACUCCAAUCACAGCAUAGUUACAACCCACCACCUAGGAAAGGUUUUCUCCAAGUGCACCUUUCAGCUGAGAACUUCUUACCAAAUGAGCUGAGUAGCACAAAACCUUAUUCCUUAUCUAGUAAUGAUGUAAGGCAAGGCCAGACUUGCUUUUCCUGUCAGCCUCAGCAUCAACGACAGUGCAGUGAUGACAGUCCCUUCUAUCAGUAUUCCAAUAACACGUUUACACCCAAGAUGCAGAGUUCUGGCAUUUACUACCGCAGCCUACAAAAUCUUCCCACUGAUGUAGGUUUUCAGAAGCAAACUGGAAAUGCCACAGGCUCUUUGUCUAGCACAGCUUAUGACAACAGCUCUGAUGGAAUGGCUAAUUAUCGUUACUAUUGCAUCACUUCUGAAAAGCCCACACAAGAGAUUUCAGAAGGAGUUGGAGUGCAUAAAUGGAGACCAGAAUCAGAUUAUAUCCAUGCUAGCAGUGACAGAAACUCAGCAAAAUAUAAAAAAUCAAUACAAUUAAAGUACCCUCUAACUUCCCAGCAGCCAUCUGAGAACAGAAACUACAAAUACACAGUCACUUGUCCAAAAAUAGAAGCAUCAAGUCCAGCCUUUGUAAAGUCUGGGAAAAAAGAGAAGGACAAUCCAUGGAAGAAGGAUAGUGGAAUUUCUAAAAACCAAGACAGCAAAAACACAUUGAACCAACUGGCAGAACAGAGAUACAUUUUCACCAAACAGCAUAAUGAUACCCAAAAUGGCACUUUGAUCUCCAAGAAUGGACAUCAAGUCUGCCCUCAGAAAACCCCAUUGUUACAUUCUUUAGCUCAGGAAAACAGGAUUCUGGCUGAGAGUACCAUGUUCACAACAAAAGGAUGCACAGUACAGGAAAAACCUGAUCCCAUAAGUAGCAAGCAAGGGAGACGAAGUGACCGUUAUGCCACUACUUUGCUUAAUGAGAUACAAGAAAAGAGAGCCCAGCUUCAAAAGAGCCGGAGUGCUGCUAUCUUAAAUUGUCCUGGAGAAUUUGAGGAGGAUUUAUGGGUCUGGAAAUCCACAGAGACCUCUACAUCCUCUUCGGAUGGAUCUUUUACAAGCACCUACAAGGACCACCUGAAAGAGGCACAAGCCAGAGUUCUACAGGCCACAUCAUUUAAAAGGAGAGAUCUGGAGCUUCAUGGGAGUGAAACUUUUCAGUUUGGCACAAAAUCAGCUUCAAACAAUGGCCAUGUCACCCGCAUUGGGAGUCGAAAACGUUUCCCCUUGGACAAAAGGGUCCAUUCUUUUUCAGAACCUGACAAGAUAAAUGAAUUGGGUGUAGAUGAACAAGCCACACAACAAGCAACUCUUGGCUCCUUUGUAGACAGAUUUAAAUUCUUCGAAGGAGCUUCUAAACCAACAUUCUCCAAACCCAUCCCAAAGAAAUCCCAAUUCAACUCUAUUGAAAGCACUGGCAGAGGAAGAAAUAGGUUUACUUUGCUUGUAGGUGACAAAGAUAGAGAGCUUGCAUCAAAACUGCAGUUUAAUAAUCACAAAAGUAACACCACAGCUAAUGAGGGGCAACGACUGGGCACUUUUGCAGAGUAUGAGGCAGCAUGGAACUUCCAGAGCAAGUCAAUAGUAGGAAGGAAAUCUAGCAGAUGUCACUCUGCAGAGAACAUUUUGGAUUCAGGCAUAGAAGAAGGUAGCAACAUGGUGUGUAUCCAUGAAAGGUCCAGAUCCUCUCCUUCAGCAGAUUUUCAUGGAGAAAAAGUUUGUUUGUUAGCAGAGAAGCCUGGUGUAGAGUCUUAUUCAGAACACGCAGUAGAUCCAGAGAAAAGUCAUAGUGACAGUAACCUGAUUGAGAACACAACAGAAUCCAGCGCAGCCAGGAAAAACAUUCCCAUGAAGACUGUCCAUGCAGAAGGCAACUCUGAUAAAGAAGCAAAACAUUAUCUGGUUCCUAAUGAGUCACCUGGAGGCACCGAAAAAGGGCUUACACACCAGCUAACUUUACUGUGCUCCUUAGAGCAGCCUCCUUCUGUUUUCAAUGCCAUGCAGUUCAGUUCUUCAGAGGCCCAGAAGGUGGAUAGCACAGAGACAGCGAGCCUGAGUGCAGCCCCUGCUGUCCCAUCUGAGGAGGAUGAGAAGAGAGAGGAACUAGCCAGAGAUAUAAUGGGAAUGGAUAAGAGUCUAGUAGAUAUUUUGGAUCAGAGUAAGAUGAAGACCACAAUGGACCUGAUGGAAGGGAUCUACCCUCAAGGAGAGCAGCUUCUCAAGAGUCUGCAGCAAAGGAGAAAAUCAGCUUCGAAACAAUCUCCCAAAACCACACAGAAAGCUGAUGACAAAAUGGCUCCCUCAGCCUCCCUAGUGACAAACUCUUCAUACUACAGCACUUCAGCUCCCAAAGCAGAGCUCCUGAUUAGGAUGAGGGACAUGCAAGAACAGAUGAAGGAACAGGGCUCUGAAGAUGAACUUGAAUAUGAUCUUUCCAGUAAGAAGCAGGAGCUAAUUGACAGUCUAAGCAGGAAACUGCAGGUACUCCGUGAGGCCAGAGAGAGUCUUCAGGAGGACAUGCAGGACAACAACACACUGGGUGAAGAGGUGGAGGCCACCGUGCAGGCCAUUUGCAAACCCAAUGAGCUAGACAAGUUCCGCAUGUUUGUCGGAGACCUGGACAAAGUGGUCAGCCUGCUGCUCUCACUGUCAGGGAGACUGGCACGUGUGGAAAAUGCACUUAAUAACCUGGAGGAGGGUGUUUCAGCUGAAGAGAAGCACACGCUGAUAGAAAAACGGAAUCUGCUGAUUGGCCAGCAUGAAGACGCGAAGGAGCUGAAGGAGAAUUUAGACCGAAGGGAGCGCCUGGUGUACGAAAUUCUGGGCAGCAAUCUGAGUGAGGACCACCUUGCAGACUACCAGCACUUUGUGAAGAUGAAGUCGGCUCUCAUCAUUGAGCAGAGAAAACUUGAGGAUCGGAUUAAGCUGGGAGAGGAGCAGCUCAAGUGUCUGAAAGAGAGCUUGCCUCUGGAGCAGAGAAUAAACUACUGACUAUAAUUUUAUUUCAUUUAAACUUAGAGGUGACAGACUGGCAUCUUCAGCACUAUGGCACCUUUACCUUUCUGCUAUUACACAAGUAAUCUGUAAGGAAGUUACAGUGAAUAGAUCAUCUAUAAAAUCAAUUCAAUCUGGCAAAUUAAGCUGUUUUUUCGUUUUUUUAUUAAAUAAAUAUAAAUGUGAUUUUAUUUUAGGUGCUGAAUGCAUGAUGAGUUAUUGCUCUGGAUUUCUUAGUUCAUUUGUGUGGUUUUGUUCUUUUUUAAAGGAAAAAGCAGUUUUAAAGCUUAUAUACUUUUACUGCAUUAAUGUGUGUGAUCACCACAGGUAAUACUUAACAUUUUUAUGUACUAAGAAUAGAAAAACACUUACUUAUUAUGACCACCUAGAAGUCAAUAAUAUAUAACUGUAUUAUAAAUUCUAAACUAAAACUUUGACACCAGGUUUUAUUGAAGCUGCUUCUUCCAACAAUUUAAUUAAUUGAUGUAGAUAGUUUAUGUUCUAUGCUUCUGAAACAUACAAGUUUAUCAUAAAUGUUUAUUGACCCAGUAACUGUAAAAUAUUUUAUUUGUAGAUGUACAUUAUAAUUAGUUUCAGAAAGUUUUUUAUUCAUACUGCAUGUGCUAAAACUGUCCAGGGCAAUAACAUAUACAGUACAGUUGUAGUUGAUAGAGCUCAGGUUGCAAAAAUGUUGUAAAGUUGACCUAAACUGGAUUAAUCUAUUUUGCUGAAUUAAACUAAAACUAUGAACUGAA